AUGCAUCUCUUCAUUCUGGGAGCGACAGGGCGAACCGGCGUCUACGGUUAUAAGUAUGCACUAGAACAAGGCUUCUUGGUCACUAUUCUUGUCCGUAAAGCCCAAGGGAUAGAGCCGCAUGCUGCAGUCACCAUCGUCGAAGGCUCUUGUCUAUCAGACGAGGAUGUGCAACGGGCUUUCGAAGCUGCCGGUGUUGCCGUUGAUGCAGUUCUCGUAUUCCUCAGUGCCCAGCGCGUUGGUCAAAACCCCUGGGGGAAAUUCAUUGGACCACCACGCCUACUCGCAGACUCAACCGCCAAUGCCACGCGGGCUCUACGCACGCAGAAACAGCAGCCAGUGGGCAGGCCUCGCUUGGUUGUGAUGAGCGCCCUCGGUGUUGGCGAAAGCUACUCAGUCACGCCUUACCUAUUUCGAUUCAUGAUGAAGUACAGCAAUAUUUCUAAAUCUUAUGUGGAUCACAAUGAGGUUAACGAUGAGAUCGAGGCAAACUGUGCAAGUGAAAUCUCGUGGACUCUUGCACUGCCCGUGGGACUCAAAGAUUGUGGCCAAAAGCCUGUGAAAACCUUUGACAGCACCGAGUCAGGAGCUAGCUUGUUUAUCACUCGCGAAAGCUGUGCCAGGUGGAUGAUAGAUGUAGCAUCGGGGAAGGAAGGCGAUAAGUUCAGCAACAAGAGGGUCAUUGUAUCAAAUUAA